AUGGGCGGCAUGCUGCGGAUGAUCUCUAAGGAGGAAGCACUGCCCGGUCGAAGCUCUGAGAUGCCAAUUGCCGACAAGCACUUUGUGCUGGGGACCCCGAUGAAGGGCCCUUGGCCAGAAGGCUCUGAUAUGUUCGUCUUUGCAAAUGGAUGCUUCUGGGGCAGCGAGAAGGGUGUUUGGAGACUUCCAGGCGGUGGUAUCAUCUCGACAGCUGUCGGAUAUGCAGCGGGGUUCACACCCAAUCCAAGCUACCAGGAAGCUUGCAGCGGUCUGACAGGGUCGACAGAGGCAGUUCAGGUGGUCUUCGAUCCUGAAAAGAUUGGCCUUGUCGACAUCCUUCGCUGGUUCUGGCAGGCACACGAUCCUACGCAAGGCAUGGGCCAAGGCAACGACCGCGGCACGCAGUAUCGUAGUGGCCUCUACUACUUCAAUGAAGAGCAGAAGGAGAUCUUCGAGGCAAGCAAGAAGGCAUACGAGACGGCGCUUCAACAAGCUGGCCGUGGUCGGGGCCAAGUCACAACCGAGAUUGCUUCGGCAGAUGAUUUUCCUGAUGGCAAAGUCUUCUAUUAUGCAGAGGACUACCAUCAGCAAUAUUUGGCGAAGCCUGGAGCAAGACCAUACUGCUCAGCUCAGCCUCAAGUUGUUGACCUGCCGGCAUUCGAGACCUGGUGCCCCGAGCAUUUGCAGGAGAAGUACAAGCCAAAGCUCAGCGAGGACUUUUGGGCACAACACGGUCCCCAGCCGCAUUGCGUCAUCAUGUCGCCAAAUGAGCCAAUUGCAUGGCCCUAG